AUGCGCUUCUUCCUGCUGCUCGUUCUCGUGCUCAUCGGCGCUGUAGCCGGCUGCCAACAGUCACCCUGUCCUGAGGAACCGCUACUACUUACCUGCACGCCGGAAUUGCCAUGCCCGGAAGGGAUGGACUGCCUUCGCCUUGGAGACGAAGAGACGGGCGCAUGCGGCUUUCCUGUUAAAAGCUCACGCACCAAAAAUCUU